AAAUGUCAAUGUCACACUUUAACUAUUGACAAUUUUAAAACCUAAAAAUAACUAUUUAGUAUUUAUAAUUUGGUAAUUUCUAAAUUAUAAUACAUUAAACAGUUGAAAUGUUUUUAACACUAAAGUUAUUGGGUAACAGACACCCAUCCUUCAUAGCUAGAACUGUAUUUGUUAAGAACAACAAUGUAGAAGAUGCAUGUCGUUUGAUCAACAGAGUUCUUGGUAAAGAUGGUAUUUUGGAGCAGUUUCGCCUCACCAGAUAUUACGAAAAACCUUUUCAGACAAGACGGCGUAUAAAUCAUGAAAAAUGCAAAGCUAUAUACAAUGAAGACAUGGAAAGAAAAAUUAAAUUUGUUCUUAGGAAAAACCGCCAUGAGCCAUUUCCUGGGUGCCAUUAAAGUAUAACACUAAUUAAAUAGCAAAAUUUUUAGAAAUAUGAAAAAGCAGCAAGACUGCUAAAAAUUCAAAUUAUUGUUAUAAAUAGUAGGAUUCACACAAGGCUACUUUUUACCUUACCAACUAAAUAAAAUGUGAAGAUUUAACUGGUUUUAACAUUUGAAAUUCAACAACAUCUCAUAUUGAGUAGUUUGCAAAUAGACCUAUGUUUUAGACAUUUAUUGGUUUAGUUUCUUAGAUGGUAUAAUGUAAAUAAUAAAUAAAUUAAAUACAUAAUUAA